AUGCAGGGGGACGGCAACCUUGUGAUCUACACCAGCUCUGAUAAAGCGGUGUGGGACAGUAAAACCCACGGCCAUCAGGAUCCAAGGAUGCGGCUGGCCUUGACUGAUGAAGGUCAGCUGAUUGUCCCAUGGAACCCGGAGGUCGACUUGUGUUGGUUCACUCUGUUGUGUGGCGUGUGUGAGCCGGAGUGGUGCGACUCUGAAGACCCGCUCUUCAUCCUGUACACCAGCGGCUCCACCGGCAAACCGAAGGGCGUUCUUCACAUGGUCGGCGGCUACAUGCUGUACGCCGCCACCACCUUCAAGCUGGUGUUUGACUACCAGCCUGACGACGUGUACUGGUGCACGGCAGACAUCGGCUGGAUCACGGGCCACUCCUACAUCACCUACGGCCCGCUGGCCAACGGCGCCACCAGUGUCCUGUUUGAGGGCCUGCCCACUUACCCCGACGUGAGCCGCAUGUGGGAGAUUGUGGACAAAUAUCACGUGAGCAAGUUCUACACGGCUCCCACCGCCAUCCGACUGCUGAUGAAGUACGGCAGCGAGCCGGUACAGAAGUACAAGCGACAGUCUCUGAAGGUGUUGGGUACCGUCGGCGAGCCCAUCAACCCCGAGGCCUGGCAGUGGUACUACACCGUGGUGGGAGAGAAGAGAUGUCCCAUCGUCGACACGUUCUGGCAGACAGAAACUGGUGGCCAUGUGUUGACUCCCCUGCCUGCCGCCACACCCAUGAAGCCUGGAUCUGCUACGUUCCCGUUCUUCGGAGUGGUGCCGGCCAUCCUGAACGAGUCGGGAGAGGAGCUGGAGGGGCCGAGCGAAGGAUACCUGGUCUUCAAGCAGCCGUGGCCCGGCGUCAUGAGGACCGUGUACGGGAACCACCAGCGGUUUGAGACCACCUACUUCAGGAAGUUCCCGGGGUACUACGUCACUGGAGACGGUUGCCGUAGAGACGAGGACGGCUACUAUUGGAUCACAGGGAGGAUCGACGACAUGCUGAACGUCUCAGGACACUUGCUGAGCACGGCGGAGGUGGAGUCGGCUCUGGUGGAGCACGAGGCGGUGGCGGAGGCGGCCGUGGUGGGCAGACCUCACGCCGUCAAAGGAGAGAGCCUGUACUGCUUCGUAACGCUGACCGACGGAGUGGCGUACAGCUGCUCGCUGGAGGCUGAGCUCAAAAAACAGGUGAGGGAGAAGAUCGGUGCCAUCGCCACACCGGACUACAUCCAGAACGCUCCGGGACUCCCCAAGACCAGAUCUGGUAAGAUCAUGCGGCGGGUGCUGCGUAAGAUCGCCCGUAACGACCGGGACCUGGGCGACGUCUCCACGCUGGCCGACUCCUCGGUCAUCGAGCAGCUCUUCCAGAACCGCUGCUGCACCGCGGUGUGACGGCCACGCCUGCAGGGGGCGCCGUGCAGAGCCUUUUGAAGGAGGCCCAGGAAGACCGAGGCUGCACGCCAGCAGCCACACACACAACCAGGGAAAAGGAUCAGGAGGAGAAAUUCCACCAUGAGUAACGGCUGUGAAGUCGAGGCGGUCUCAGUCUUGUCCAGUAAACAACCCUCAGCUCCUGACGGUGUGCUGCAGAGCCCUCUUACACUCUGAUAUAGAUAUAAUGUAAUAUAGAUGUGAUUAUCAGGGCUGAGACUUCUGCAUCCUGACUUUCACUAACCAUGAUCACCGUUUCACCAGCGAACACCUUCUCCAAGAGAGAGAGAGCUGGUAGAAUAAUCUAGAAGCAAAUACCCUCACAGUUAUCUGGUCUCUAAAUUAAUAGUAUUUCUUGACAACAAAUAAUAAUAAAAAAAUAUAUAUAUCUCAGGAAUUAAUCGCCAUAGGUGGGGGCUGCCGGAGGUUGUUUCUGGGUAGGAUCUAGCUGUGUGGAAAACAAAAUCAAUAUAACAGGGUAACAGCUCACUUGGUUUUAUUCCAGUGUUUUAACUUUGCACUUCCUGUGCAGCUGCUACACUCUGCAGAUUCACUCCAGUGUGUGUGUGCGUCAUGUGAUGGAGAGAUUUACACGCUGUGGCGUCACCACACUGAUAUAUUGAUAAAUCUAUGGAUUAAUCCACUGGAAUAAGGCCACCGUGAAGUGAUACCCGUCGUCUCCCGAUACACAGUGCUGUUCUGUCCACUUAGACCUGAGAAAGCUCAACACUGCUAGUUUUAAUUUCUAUUGUUUUGUUUUUUUCUUUCUUUAAACAAAUAUGUAGAUCUGGGUCGCUAUGUUGUUGUUUUUUUUUUAUGUUGAUUCAUUGUUUGAUGUAGGAUUGGUUUGGUCUGUCCGUCUACACUCCUGUCUGUUUUUAGUCGCGGAGACGAGAUUCGUCUCUCCGUCGGUCUGGUGGAAAUUCAAAGGGAGUUUGCUGUCGCUGUGCAGCUCCAUUCAGCUCAUCACUUUCCCUCCAAACCAACUUUUAGUAGCUCUGAUGUUGAGGAACGGUGUCUGUCAGACUGUAAGGAAACUCCUAAAAAAAACCUUCUCAAGCAAAAGAAAUCUGCAAGUUGCUGUGUGGCCAAUGGGUGGUCAAGUGAUUUGAAUGCAGACGC